AUGAUAUUGGGCCUACCGCACGGCAUUUCCCGAGUAUUAUUGUUGUUUUUGUUAUUUAUUGCAACAGCCCGGGCCAGCGAUGCUGAAACGAAGCUUUUUGCCGAUUUGUUGACAGGCCUGAACCCCUUGGAAAGACCCGUCGAAAAUGCCUCCGAUCCCCUUGUUGUCAAGAUGAAGAUUUUUCUACAGCAAAUCCUCGACGUCGACGAGAAAAACCAGCUUGUCUCAGUGAAUGCGUGGCUCAGAUUUACAUGGACGGACUACAAGCUGAAAUGGAAUCCCAGGGAUUAUAACGGAAUACCGGACGUCAGAUUCCCCGGAACGACAGAUCAUAUCUGGAAACCGGAUGUGCUGCUCUAUAACAGCGCCGCCGAGGACUUUGACUCGACAUUUAAAAGCAAUCUGCUCGUCUACAACACCGGUGAUGUCACCUGGAUACCGCCGGGUGUUCUCAAAUUUGUCUGUGCUAUCGAUGUGACCUGGUUCCCGUUCGACGAACAACUUUGUGAAUUGAAGUUUGGUUCCUGGACCUUCCACGGCCAUGCCAUUGAUCUGCAAAUUGAUAGCUCGGAUGAGACGGAUAAUACAACAAAUCAUCAAAUGGAUCUGUCGACAUAUGUUGUCAACGGCUUUAACCUCAUCAUCCCAUCGCUUUUGAUCACGCUGAUGACGGUGCUCGGCUUUACGCUACCACCGGAUGCUGGGGAAAAGAUCAACUUGGAAAUGACUGUACUACUCGCAAUCGUCUUUUUCCUAUCGAUGGUCUCCGAGAUGACACCACCCACUUCUGAAGCUGUUCCGUUGAUAGGCGUCUUCUUCUCCUGCUGCAUGCUCGUCAUCUCGGCCUCCGUCGUGUUCACCGUCGUGAUCCUGAAUCUCCAUUUCCGGGGCCCAGAUACCCACGUACGCUCUGUCCUGCUGGAAUGGCUGCCGUGGAUUCUGAUGAUGUCCCGGCCAGGCCACACAUUCCGAAAAGGAUGUGCGCUGAAAGAUGGCGAGCCAAAGCUCAAGGAGCCGAGCUUGCCAAUAAACCGAAGCGAUCUCCCGGCUCACCAACCGGUCUACGAAGCUCAAUUGUUAUUGUUACAUUCGUGUUAUUCGGAGUUGAAACAGAUAACGGCCAAGCUGGAGAAGGAGGCGUGGGAGGAGCGCGUGCAAAACGACUGGCGAUUCGCGGCGAUGGCCGUCGAUCGGGCGUGCCUGGUCAUGUUCUCACUCUUCAUCGUCAUCUCCACAUUGGCCAUCAUGCUCUCCGCCCCGCAUCUCAUCGCA